AUGGGUCGCAGAUCCCCGAGUCCUGCCCUUCGGGUGCUCCUGCUUCUGCUGCUUUACUGUGCGGAGCGAUCGCGGGGAGCCGAACUCACCUUCGAGCUGCCGGAUAGCGCCAAGCAGUGCUUCCACGAGGAGGUGGAUCAGGGCGUGAAGCUCUCCCUGGACUAUCAGGUCAUUACUGGAGGUCACUAUGAUGUGGACUGUUAUGUGGAAGACCCCCUGGGGAACAUCAUCUACAGGGAAACCAAGAAGCAGUAUGACAGCUUCACACACCACACGGAGGUCAAGGGCGUGUAUCAGUUCUGUUUCAGUAAUGAGUUCUCUACCUUCUCUCACAAGACCGUCUAUUUUGAUUUCCAAGUGGGCGAUGAGCUCCCCAUCCUCCCAGACAUGGGGAACAGGGUCACAGCUCUUACGCAGAUGGAGGCCGCCUGUGUGACCAUCCACGAGGCUCUGAAGACUGUGAUUGACUCCCAGACGCAUUACCGGCUCCGGGAGGCCCAGGACCGGGCUCGGGCUGAAGACCUGAACAGCCAAGUCUCCUACUGGUCUGUCGGCGAGACCAUCGCCCUGUUCGUGGUCAGCCUCAGCCAGGUGCUGCUACUGAAAAGCUUCUUCACAGAAAAACGACCUCUGAGCAAGAGGGGCCACUCCUAGCCUAGGC